GUAGUGCAACCUUGACAGUCUUGGCAGCACUGUUACAUCAUACACCUGUAACUGCGUACUGCUUUCCGAUAAACCUGCUGUGCAUGAGCAUGGACCUGUAUGGUUUUUCAACGUCACCGUGUCCUGCGCAGGUGCAGCUGCAAGCUCCGCGUUUGCGCGUUUGUCGACCCGGCAGCACCGUGCGAUUGCCGCCAGUUUUUCAGAUCCGGCCUGCAUUGCGAAAGCAGGGCUCCGGUGGCAUCGCAGCUCGACGAACGGCCUCGCGCAGUGAGGUGUCUACGAAGGAGCAAUUGCUAGAGGCGUGGAAGCUGCUGCCAGACGGCCGCUUCCGUGGCAAGCUGAGUUCCGGUGUCAUGGUGGAGUUUCGUGGCGAGCUAGUCGGGCCCGAGGAUCCCGGGGUCGUGAUCGGACCCAAGGGGGUGCGCUACGUGCUGGGCGAGGCCGCGCCAACGCCGGCAGCACCAAAGGAGGAAGCAGCUGGGAACGACAGUCUAGUGAAGGCAGCCGUCGCAGGAGCCGGGGCAGCAGUCGCAGCCGUGGUUGCCUACUUGGUCUUGCCAGGGAUGCUCCAGACAUCUCCAGUGGUCUCCGGAUCCGGCUCACCAGUCACGAGAACCAAUGUGACGAUUGUUGAGACCAAGAAAACACUUCCUGACGGGUCUACGGCCAAAAUCGUUGACCGCACAGUGAGGCGUGAGAGGAAUGUUCCCGGCAAAGGUCCGGUCGUUACGGAGCGGACAACUCGAACCGAGAAGGCCCUUGGUUUGUCAGGAAGUGCCGAGUAUUUCCCAAUCUCGAUGCGCGUGCCGCCCGAACCUGCAGCUGAGCAAGUCGAUCGAGCUGUGGAGAGGCCACGUCGACGUUUGAGGCGGCUGGCCGAGGAGAGGUCAGAGUCGGGGCUCUUUUGGGAUGCGCCGGAGGGCGAAAGGCCACACGUACAAGCCGGCAACAUCGACCUUUCCGGCGAGGCCCCACCUCCGAGCCUUCCCCGGGUCGGCGCUCCCUUCCGGUUUCAGUGGCGCGCGGGGCCCACUGAUGCAAAGGCCCCGGAGCCCUCGCUGGAGCCGGUGGCGGCUUCAGAGUCAGCGAGCGGAUCCGGAGGAUCAGCCAGACCCAAGGAGGGAUCGAGCGUCGGAGACGGCCUGGAGACGGAGGCUGUAGAACUCCUGUCCUCGCCGCCGCUUCAAGCGCAGCGCGUGCCGGAAGACUUGGGAAGACGGCCGGGAGAUCUCGAGAGCAGCCCAGCUCGUCGACGUCUGCCUCACAGCUUUGCUUCCCAGCCUUCCGCAGCAUCCAUGCUCCCAGUGCUGGAGAUCCCUGAGAGCGACAGGCCCGACCUUGCAGCGGUGCUCAUCGACGAAGGGACGGAAGAGGAG